AACCCAAGGAAGGAGUUAUCAUAAUAGGAGCCACAAACUUCCCAGAGGCAUUAGAUAAUGCCUUAAUACGUCCUGGUCGUUUUGGCAUGCAAGUUACAGUUCCAAGACCAGAUGUAAAAGGUCGAACAGAAAUUUUGAAAUGGUAUCUCAACAAAAUAAAGUUUGAUCAAUCUGUGGACCCAGAAAUUAUAGCUCGAGGUACUGUUGGCUUUUCUGGAGCAGAGUUGGGGAAUCUUGUGAACCAGGCUGCAUUAAAGGCAGCUGUUGAUGGAAAGGAAAUGGUUACCAUGAAGGAACCAGAGUUUUCCAAAGAUAAAAUUCUAAUGGGGCAUGAACGAAGAAGUGUGUAAAUUGACAAUAAAAACAAAACCAUCACAGCAUAUCAUGAAUCCGGUCAUGCUAUUAUUGCAUAUUACACUAAGGAUGCAAUGCCUAUCAACAAAGCUACAAUCAUGCCAAGAGGGCCAACACUUGGACAUGUAAGUAUCUUGUUUUUUUUCUUUUCUUUCAAAUAACACUCUCUAAAAGCUUAUGUAGGAA